CCAGCUCCAUGUUUGGCUCGCUGACCCCGCCGGCUUCUCUUCCUGCUGCCAAUCUGUUCCUGCAGGUACCUACGGCAGGCCGGCUCUUUGUUACCUUCUGCUCUUCCUUCCCCAGGUGCUCGAAGGUACGGAUGGCUGAAGCCGGCUGCAGUUGGGCUCCAGCAGCUCUGCUGCUGGUUUAAGGCUCCUGCUGUGAGGUUUGCACGGCUGGCAGCUCGGCAUCCCUGCCGCUGUUACGUGGGAAAGGUCAGGGGAUGCUUCCUGGGCUGCCAGCACCUGGUUCCUGAAUGGCGGCGAGGAUUGGAGUGGCUUGGAAAAAAAAACCCUCCAUCUUCCUUAGCAGAGUGCUGAAGCGAGGGGGUGUGCUGUGGUGUGUAGGUGCAGGGAAGCUGUGCAGACAAAUUGAGGGAUCUCUGCCUAUUUUUAGUUGCAGUUUUCUUAACAUCUGCUUCCUUCCCACAGUUCGCUGCUUGGCGAUGCGGUACAACCUAGGAUCAGACUUCAGAAGGCUUGCUGUGUGUGUUAAGUUGCUCUGGGCCUUGGGGUUAAAGACAUAAUUUUGCAUACAAAGCCAGGGUGCAGCCACAAGCUGCUUCUCUCUCCUUAUCACGCACUAAAAAGCCACUGAUUCUUUGAUCUGUGCACACUCUGCCAACCUGGGAUGCUGUUAAAGUAUGGCACAGGUUCUUAGUUAUGUCAGAUGAGCCCAUUGUAUGGAAUGGUAAGCAGUGUCCUGCCACCCGCUCAGAGCAGUGGAGGCACUAAUCCUAACACCAGCAUACCAUUCAAGAGAUGCAGUGACAUAACUAGUGGAUGGUGUUUGCUUUUCUAUUUUUUAAUAUAUUUAUAAAAGCAGCGCUUUGGUUGUAAAGAAUAGUUAAAAAACACUGCUUUCAGGAGUGCCUAAUUGUUUUGUCAUUAUUUCUUGUGUUAUUUAUUGCCACCUCACCAGGCAGAGCGCUGCUUUCUGCACAAUGCUGGCUAAUGAGGCAGAGUCACUAAGGAGGAUAUAUUUUAAAACAUUUAAUUUUACUUCCAUCACGCUCCAACAAUUCUGUAUCAGCUCUUAUGCUCACUGCCUUAGAAGCACUAAGUGUCAUUAAGUUCCUCCCUGGCAGAACACUCAACUGAAGUGAUCAAGUGAAGGUGUUUCAAGGUGUGAUUGUGCUGAGUUUUGCUUUUGAAACUGGAAGUCAGUUUUGAGGGCUCUGCUGGGAGUUUGGAGCCCGGGGUUUUAUAUUUCCAUUCUGGAUCCUUUUUGUCCUGCACUUAUCUGGGGCUCACGCUGGGAUAUCGAGGUGCCUCUUCAUGGGACUGUACGAAAUGACCACAGGAAACACCUUCUGAAAACCAGUUCCAUGUUUCCCUUUGCAGUUCUUUUGCCCCCUUUUUAUCACCGAAUCUUCAAAAACUGCUAGCAGAAGAAAUAAAAAGCAUUACAGCAAAUGGCAGCUGGGAAAACAGCCUGUGCUAAUUCAGGAAAAAAAGUGUAUGAGCCCAUUUUGGGGCAUCGUUUUGUUAGGGAAUACAUAUGUGUACACAUGUGUGUAUUUAUGUGUCUUUGUGCAUAUGCAGAUACAUGUGUGCCCAUACACACAAGCGUGCCACCACUUGCUCUGGUUGCUGCUCUUUGGAUGUACAGCAUGUGAGAGAUCUGAUGCUGUCCGCCAUCCAGGGCCGUGUGCUGCCUCAGCUCAGGCUGCUGCCGUUACCAGGAGUGGGAAUUCUGUUUCACAAACACAUCUCGUGUGAACUUGUGACCAUAAACACAAAUCAUCCCCUGCAUCACAAACCGUUUUAAAGAAAGAUGAUUUCAUAGGGUAGCUCUAUGGCUGACUUCCUAAUAAAUUAUUUUGAGCUUGUUGAAGAUGCUCGUGGCAGUGCCUAAUGUGCACUUGCAGAUGUCGCCGUCGUGCUGAGCUGUGCCUUGUCAUUUCUUUGAAUGGAAGAGUGAAUUACACAUGUCCAAAAGCUGGGAUAUUUUCCUACGUGUACAGAGGAUCUCAAAAGAGUCGAGAAGCUGCUUUGAUAGAAAUUUGCUUCGGGGAGAGGAUGGUCGUUGCUCCAUCUCAGCUAAAUGACCAGAGUUCAGUGCAGUUAGUUAGUAUCCCUUUGCUAUCAAAUCCCGUUAUUGGACGGCCUGCCAGAAAGAACAGCAUGGAAAUGGAGGUGCUGAGGAAGGAGAGAUGAGUUAAACAAAUCUUGUUAUCUUUUAGGCAGAGGAGUGCUGCCCAGAGUUGGCCAUUGGAAAGCAAGCUUUGUUUCUCCAUGGUGCACACACUGCACUUCAGACACACUGUUAACUUCAUCAUCUGUCAGAAAAUGCUGCAUGAGAACAGGUUGUGUGCAGCACUCAAAUCAUCCUCUGGUUCUUUGUCCAUUGUGCUCCUCUGACUCUCGUUAUCUCAUUAUUAGGAAUGUUGACAUUCCCUUCUCCACCUUCUCAAGCUAGCAGGGCUAAUUCUGAAUUUGUUGUGUAAUUCUUUUCUGUAUGCUUCUGAACUUGUGGUAAUUGUGACUUCUCAGCAAUGUAAGAUUUUUACAUAGAACUCUGCGUGGGGCAAGAAAGGAAGGAGGAGGAGUUGUGAUUCUUCAUGUUGGUUUGGCUUUUGAUUGGAUGCGUUUUAGAAAAAUACUUCCAGGUUGACCAAGAUAAUGAUGCAGUGCUUUCCUUUUUACAGUUUGAAGAUAAAUCUGAUGCAGUAUUUGAUAUUACAGAAAAAUGUAGUGAAAUCCUGGAUGCAGAAAUGUCUGAGGACGCUGUGCACAACUUACCAGCCACCCUCGACAGCGUUUCUUAUGAAAUACAGAAUCGAGCAGGAUCUGAAAACUCCCUGCUGGAUGAUGACGACGACGAUGAUUAUUUUCUGAACUCUGGGGAUUUGGCAAGCAUACCUGUUGUUGGGAGCGACAACGAAGAUGAUCAGAGUUUCACUCCAAAAGACACUCUCCCUGCUGAAGACCAUCUGGAAGAGGGCAAGAGGGUUACAGAACACGAGCUGGACAGUGAAAAAGAUAUUCAGAUCGAAAAUGCAAUCCAGAAGGAUCUCACUUCACCUUUUGAGCAGGGUCCUGUAUUUAAAUCAAUUCAAAAAGAUUUUAGCAUCGCAAGAGAUAAUGGCAAAGAGACUUUUUCAACAAAAGACAAGAAUAGAGAAGUAAAUCUUCAAGAACAUGAAAAACGGUUGGAAAAAAUCCCUAAAGAUACGGAUUCUAGAUUGAAAAGCAGUUUUCUUGACAAAGCAGUUCAUAAUCAAGUAGAAGAAACAUUACGGACGCAGUUAGCGCCACAAACUCCAGAAACUAACUUCAGGGAGUCUAGCUACCUAUUUUCUAGUAAGGAAUCUAUUGGACAAGAGCUGGGGAAUUCCUUUGCACCAAAUAUUAGAAUUAAGGAGGAGCCUUUGGAUGACGAAUAUGAUAAAGCUAUGGCCCCACAGCAGGGACUAUUAGACAAAAUUAAAGAUGAACCUGAUAAUUCUGAGGAGUACGGCCAACAGCCAAAAACUCAGGAAGGGGAGCUGAAAAUCAGUGCUGUAUUUUCAGUCAGUGGCAGUCCUCUUGCUCCACAGCUGUCAUCAGGUUUCCAGCCUGCUGUGGCAUCCUCUGGCAUGAGUAAAAUGCUUCCUUCAGUUCCAGGCACAGCUGUUCGGGUUUCCUGUUCUGGCUGUAAAAAAAUCCUCCAGAAGGGGCAGACUGCAUACCAGAGGAAAGGCUCUACCCAGCUCUUCUGCUCCACACUGUGCCUCACUGGAUACACUGUUCCAGCUUGUCGCCCACCAGCUUCUACCAAGAAAACCUGCUCCAGCUGCUCGAAAGAAAUUCUAAAUCCAAAGGAUGUAAUCACUGCCCAGUUUGACAACACGAAUUCCAGCAAGGAUUUCUGCAGCCAGUCGUGUCUUUCUACGUAUGAAAUGAAAAGGAAACCAAUUAUUACUAUUCACACUAACAGCAUUUCAACCAAGUGCAGCAUGUGCCAGAAGAAUGCAGUGAUCAGACAUGAAGUGAAUUACCAGAACGUCGUACACAAGCUUUGCAGUGAUGCCUGCUUCUCCAAGUUCCGCUCUGCUAAUAACUUGACCAUGAACUGCUGUGAGAACUGUGGAGGUUACUGCUACAGUGGGUCUGGGCAGUGUCGCAUGCUGCUGAUAGAGGGACAGUCAAAAAAGUUCUGCAGUUCGACAUGUGUGACACUAUACAAGCAGAAGUCAGCUAAAAUUACACCCUGUGCACUGUGUAAAUCCUUGAGAUCUUCAGCUGAGAUGAUAGAGAGCACAAAUAACUCGGGAAAAACUGAGCUGUUUUGCUCUGUUAACUGCUUGUCAGCAUACAGAGUAAAAAUGGUUACUUCGUCAGGUGUUCAAGUUCAGUGCAACAGCUGUAAAACUUCAGCCAACCCUCAGUAUCACUUGGCUAUGUCAGAUGGGAGCGUACGCAAUUUCUGCAGCUACAACUGUGUGGUAGCUUUUCAGAAUUUGUUCAACAAACCUGCAGGAGUGAACUCCUCAGUCGUACCCCUGUCUCAAGGUCAAGUCAUCGUAAGCAUUCCCUCGGGGACAACGGUGUCAGCAGGUGGCACCACCUCCACUGCAUCUCCCAGCUCUGGGAGCAGUUCAGCUGCAGCUGGUCUACAGAGGCUGGCUGCCCAGUCCCAGCAAGUCACUUUUGCCCGCAAGGUUGUAAAACUCUGGUGUCAGCACUGUAACAGAUUAUUUGCAACCAAGCCAGAACUGCUUGACUUCAAGGGUAAAAUGUUCCAGUUCUGUGGGAAGACCUGCUGUGAUGAAUAUAAGAAGAGGAGGAGUGUAACAGCACUGUGUGAAUAUUGCAGAACUGAGAAAAUUAUCAAGGAGACGGUGCGAAUCGCGGGCAUAGAUAAGCCAUUCUGCAGUGAAGGUUGCAAACUGCUCUAUAAACAUGACUUGGCUAAGCGCUGGGGAAACCACUGUAAAAUGUGCAGCUACUGUUUGCAGACCUCCCCCAAACUGGUCCAGAAUCUCUUUGGGGGGAGAAUGGAAGAAUUCUGCUCAGAAGAGUGCAUGUCUAAAUUCACAGUUUUGUUUUACCAGAUGGCAAAGUGUGAUGGUUGUAAGAGACAAGGUAAACUGAGCGAGUCUCUGAAAUGGCAAGGAGAUGUGAAACAUUUUUGCAAUCUGCUUUGUAUUCUGAUGUUCUGUAAGCAGCAACGUACUUCUGACCUUCCAGCCUCAAACAACACAGCAAACCCUUCUACAGCACCAGCUUCCUCGUCAGGCCCUCCUUCUUUGAGGAAGGACUCAACCCCAGUCAUAGCAAAUGUGGUGUCCCUUGCGAGCACCCCUGCUGCCCAGCCUACGGUUAACUCCAACAAUGUUUUACAGGGAGCAGUCCCUACAGUGACAGCAAAAAUAAUAGGAGAUGCAAGCACUCAGACAGAUGCCCUGAAGCUGCCAUCUUCACAGCCACCUAGGCUUCUGAAAAACAAAGCAUUGUUGUGCAAGCCAAUCACACAGACUAAGGCCACCUCAUGCAAACCUCAUACACAAAAUAAAGAAUGCCAGACAGAGGAAGAAGAAGUUCAACCCAAAAUCAUUGUGGUACCUGUUCCUGUACCAGUGUUUGUGCCAGUACCCCUCCACCUCUACACACAGUACACGCCAGUUCCACUGGGGAUGCCAGUACCUGUACCCGUUCCCAUGCCUUUCCCAACUACUUUGGAUAAUGCUGAUAAGAUCCUUGAAACAAUUCAGGAUAUCAAAGAGAAGAUUCCCAUAAGUCCUUUUGAAGCAGAUCUCCUUCAGAUGGCAGAAAUGAUUGCAGAAGAUGAGGAGAAAGACAAAACACACUCUCAUGGUGGCUCUCAAACAUCUGAGCAUGAGCUCUUCCUGGACCCCAAGAUGUUUGAGAAAGACCAAGGUAGCACUUACAGUGGAGAUCUAGAAUCAGAAGCAGUAUCCACUCCACACAGCUGGGAGGAAGAGUUGAAUCACUAUGCCUUACGAUCAAACGCCCUGCCAGAACCAGAUCCAGAACCCAAGCAGAUCUCCAAAGGUGAAGUGGAACAGGACCUGGAGGCAGAUUUUCCAUCAGACUCAUUUGACCCUCUCAGUAAGGGACUGGGUUUGCAUUCGCGUUCACGAGCAAGACGGAGGCACAGAGAUGGCUUCCCCCAGCCAAAAAGACGGGGACGAAAGAAGUCUGUAGUUGCUGCAGAGCCCCGCAAUCUGAUGCAGGGCUCCUACCCAGGAUGCUCUGUUUCUGGGAUGACCCUGAAGUACAUGUAUGGGGUAAAUGCCUGGAAGAACUGGGUCCAAUGGAAAAAUGCACAGGAGGAACAAGGGGACCUGAAGUUUUCAGUUCGUCCUGUGAAGCUCAAGGAGGACAUUCUCUCGUGCACUUUUGCUGAGCUGAGCUUUGGCCUGUGCCAAUUUAUUCAAGAGGUGCGGAGACCGAACGGAGAAAAAUACGAUCCUGACAGCAUCUUAUACUUGUGCCUUGGAAUUCAGCAGUACCUGUUUGAGAAUGGUAGAAUAGAUAACAUUUUUACCGAGCCCUAUUCCAGGUUUAUGAUUGAACUUACAAAACUUUUGAAAAUCUGGGAACCUACAAUUCUUCCAAAUGGUUAUAUGUUCUCAAGAAUAGAAGAGGAACACUUGUGGGAGUGUAAGCAACUGGGUGCAUAUUCCCCCAUAGUUUUACUGAACACGCUGCUAUUCUUCAACACCAAAUACUUUCAACUAAAGAAUGUCAGUGAGCACCUGAAGCUGUCCUUUGCCCACGUCAUGAGGAGGACCAGGACCCUGAAGUACAAUACUAAGACAACAUAUUUACGUUUUUUCCCACCCUUUCAAAAACAAGAGGUAGAAUCAGAUAAACUGUCUGUAGGCAAAAGGAAACGUGGAGAAGAUGAGGAGAUUUCAACAGCAGUGGAAAUGGCUGAAAAUGCAGAUAACCCCCUGAGGUGUCCGGUGCGACUCUAUGAAUUUUACUUGUCAAAAUGCUCUGAAAGUGUGAAGCAGAGAAGUGAUGUGUUUUACCUUCAGCCCGAGCGCUCCUGCGUACCCAACAGCCCCAUGUGGUAUUCCACAUUGCCCAUAGACCCAGGGACUUUGGACAUCAUGUUAACUCGCAUUCUUAUGGUGAGGGAGGUACACGAAGAACUUGCCAAAGUCAAAUCAGAAGAUUCUGAUCUUGAGUUAUCAGACUAACUGAGGUGGGAUGUUUCCCUUUGAACGCAUCGGAAGCACCAAACUGUGAAUACGUCCAGCUUUUGGAAAAUGUGUAUGAAAUCAGCCAGGAUGGUGUCACCUACAGGCAUAUUUGGAACCACAGCGGAUGUACAAACUGGAACUGGAAGGAGACAAGCUCCAUAAGCUGCAAAGAAGCAACGUCCUGUGGCAGGCAGCCGCGAAUCCUCUGAACAAAUUCAAGUUGAACUAACCUGUUUGAGUGGUGCAUAAAUCCUUUAUCUGUGUAGGGUUUAAAAAAGAAAAAAAAAAAAAAGAAAAAAAAAAGAGAUUUUUU